CCCCCGCGCGGUGCCGGGCGCAGACGGAGCGAAGGCGCCAUUUUGCGCUGCUGCGGGAGACGGUUUGGGAGGCUCUGGCGGGAGGGAGGCGGCAGCGGUGCCGGUAGCGAUAGUAGUAACGGUAACAAUAAUAGCGGUAGCGAUCGUGGGUGCAGUUGCUGCUCGGGACUAGCGUCCCCCUUCGCCCAGCCCCGUGGCCAGGACCCUGCCGACAUGAGCGACGUGGAGGAGAACAACUUCGAGGGGAGGGAGUCUCGCUCCCAGUCAAAAUCUCCAGCUGGGAGUCCUGCUCGUGUAAAAUCGGAGAGCAGGUCAGGAUCUCGCAGUCCAUCAAGGGCUUCCAAACAUUCGGAAUCGCACUCUAGGUCAAGAUCAAAAUCAAGAUCCAGGUCCAGAAGACAUUCGCACAGACGUUACACUCGUUCCAGGUCCCAUUCCCAUUCUCAUUCCCAUAGGAGACGUUCUCGAAGCAGAUCGUACACGCCAGAAUACCGUCGUCGAAGGAGCCGUAGUCAUUCUCCAAUGUCCAACAGGAGAAGGCACACUGGCAGCAGAGCUAAUCCAGAUCCUAAUACAUGUCUUGGAGUGUUUGGUCUCAGUUUAUAUACUACUGAGAGAGAUUUGCGUGAAGUCUUUUCCCGAUAUGGACCUUUGACUGGUGUCAAUGUUGUUUAUGAUCAACGGACUGGACGAUCAAGAGGAUUUGCUUUCGUUUAUUUUGAGAGAAUUGAUGAUUCUAAAGAGGCAAUGGAGCAUGCAAACGGCAUGGAGCUGGAUGGCAGGAGGAUUCGGGUGGAUUACUCAAUCACCAAGAGAGCACAUACACCCACCCCAGGCAUCUAUAUGGGCAGGCCAACACACAGUGGAGGAGGUGGUGGCGGUGGAGCAGGUCGUCGCCGUGACUCAUAUUAUGAUAGGGGGUAUGACAGAGGAUAUGACAGAUACGAAGAAUAUGAUUACAGAUACAGGAGACGAUCACCAUCGCCAUAUUAUAGUCGAUACCGAUCACGAUCAAGAUCCCGUUCCUAUAGUCCAAGGCGCUACUGAAGAUCAGAAGAGUUACAGUUGAGGACGUGAUUUUUAAAUACAAAGUUCGGAUCUUAGCUUCCCUACUGCUUUCCCUCCCUUCCUUGUUCUCCAUCCAGCUCUUUUACAAAUCCUUGGUUCAUUUAGAAUAUACAUAUUUUUCAGUUGAAGUAUUCCUGUUUUCCAUCCCUCCUUAUUGUAAUACUCUUAAAUAUUGUAAUUGUUGUAGUUUUUGUGUAGUAAAACAUCUUAAGUAAAAUGAAAUAGAGAACCCAAAGUGCUGAUACAUUUUGGAAGUCAUUCCUAUUUUGUUUCUAAAACAAUUGGACUCCUGACUAAUCAGAAGAGAGGAUUGAUAUUUUUAAAGCUUGCAUGUCAUAUGUAAUAUACACACUCAGAUACUUUAAUAUAAACCUGCAUUUCCAAGUAACUUGUUAAUCUUUCUGUUAAAAUGUUUACCUAUUACUUUGAUAAACAAGUAACGACUUUGAGCCUUUUCUGUAAUGACAGAUUUACUUAGAUAGUCAUGAACCAGAGGAUUAUUUUUUUUUUUUUGUCAGGUAGUUGCUUUGAGUGUAGACUAUUUGAGCUAGAGCAAAAUUUGAUAUUUGACUGACUGGGAAAAUAGAUCCUUGUACACUCAAAAUAAAGGCUGUGUUUUAUAGAUAAAGUUUCUGGACUGCUACACAGUGGAUAACCUUUGAAGAUAAACCUAAAAACCCUGGGGUUUUUAUUGUACUUGGUUAAAUACUUCCCCUUAAUCGGUGCAGGACAAAAGAUAUUUAUUGAAUGUAGCAAUUAGUUAUAUAAUUUGCUGUUCAUGUAAACAACAACAAAACCCACCAACAUUUUGGUAUUGCAAUAAUGAUAAAGCAAGUUUUGUUUCCAGGCUUUUUUUGGAGUUUUGCAAGUACGGAUGGAAAAACCUACAAUUACAUGUAAACCUUUUUUUCCCCCCCCUCAAUAAAAGUUAAUUCCA